AUGUCUGUGGAUAGAAGCAAUGGACAAGCGUCUCCUCGCCCGCUGGAGGAGCUGCUAGAAGGGUUCGGAGCACUAUCUUCGGAAUAUCAGAUUCUGCUAAACCAACAUCGCGAGCUUGCCAACAAGCUCUCAUGGGCGAAGGAGCAGUACCUAGAACUAUCCAGACGAUUCGCGCCAGAUACCGCAUCCCAAGACUACCGCGUCUUCCUACGCGACCUUGACCGACCUGGCAAGCCCCAGCAGAACGGGCACACGAAUUGGCUCGAGAUGUUGACACAAUCUUCAAACGAGGAGCGGCGGACUCGGGCACACCUUAUCCGGCAAGCCGACGCUACGUACAGCAAGCUGAACAAGAGCAGAAACACUCACGAGACCGACGGCGUCCGCCCACGGAACAGCACAGUAGCCGACAGACCGAGAAACAGUCAUGCGAACUCCGCCGUCUCCAAAGCGCAGUCAAACCUCGCUACCGUCAUGGAGCAGGAUUUCACGACUCCAGGCACACCCAGCAGACUCGGCUGUCCCUUUGCAAAGCCGAACGGGCUACCCUGCAGAAAGCUAUCAAGUGCCGGCCAAAGCCAGCGCAGCAACGCCGCGCUAUCCCGCAGCUCCGUUUCGAGGCUCAACCUACCAACCGGUCGGCGCUCACAGCGUCAGUCAUUCCACGACCCCAUCCGCGCCGAGAUCUGUGGUAUGGAUGCUCUGUCGCCUGAGGAAUCCGUCGAAGGCUCGACGGCCGUUUGCCCCAUCCGCUUCCUCGACCAACACUCCCCCGAAGAGGUGGCGACUUACUUUGAGAAGCACAAGCACGAGAUACCGCGCAGCCACGAGGUGUGCGUCAGGCGGUACCAGAGUAACUCGGAGAGCAUACGGCAGCUUGACGCCAAGUAUGGGAAUCUUGUCAGCAUGAUACAAGGGCUUGGGGCGAAGCACCAGCCGUGGCUGCCGGACAAGCCGGAGGACGAAGACAUGGCUGAGGAGGCGACUUCCAAGGACAAAGUCCAGAAGUGGGCGAAGCAGGUCAGCUCGAGCAUGCAGAACGGCAAUCUCGGCGAUGUUGAACAGGCUGUCGAGGAUGAGGAACGACAGCCGCACUUCGACAGGCCUCUCAAGGAAGUCCGGGUUGGCGAGUCACCUACUAGACCUUGGGGUAUUUCCGUACCUGCGAAAUAUCACGAGGCAAAGAGCGAUGCCUCCAAUCACGAUGCUCCGGCUGUGACGCCUCAAGUAGAGCAUAUUGCCGAAGCUGCGCCAGCUAACGAGAAGCCGGCUGGUAGAUGCCCCUUCGACCAUACCAAGCUCCGAGCGCAGAUUCCAAAAGCAACGGAGCCUCCAGCAGAGAGUAGAUCGAAGGAAACCCCGCAGCAAGCUCCAGCAAUGCCAACCUUUAUCCAGCAACCGAAUACUAGUACAGGUCAUCCCGAGUCGUCAAAGCCAGCGCAGAUGAUUUUUACUGGCCCAGUGUUCAUUGGCUAUCCGGUUGAGCAAGCCAUGGCUCUGCUCCAGCAAUGGCAGUCCGGAAUGAAGUCAUGA